GAGAUGACCCAUUCAUGGCCUCCACCACUGUCAGCUAUUCACACACCAGGAAAGGCAGAACAAAGCAAGUUUCCCUUCCCAAACAAGGAGUCACAACAGGGAUCUACAGGACACAGCAAUACAAGGAAAGGUGAUGUAGAGCCAAAGAGUCCAGAGAAAAGCGCAACCCAUACAUCAAUGCUAGAAGAUGACCUGAAGUUAAGCAGUGACGAAGAAGAGAAUGACCAGCAGGCAGCACAGAGAUCUGCUCUCCGCAUUCUAUCUGACAGCCUGGUGGUGCCGCAGUCCAACGCCCGAGCCUCAGGACUCUCCAGCAAGGGGUCAAGCAGCAGCAGCUCCAGUGAAUCCGAGACCAGCUCAGAGUCUGACUCAGAGAGCGAAAGCAGCUCCAGCGAGAGUGACGGCAGCAAGCCCUCGCAUUACUCCAGCCCAGAGCCCGAGCCACCCUCGUCCAACAAGUGGCAGCUGGACAAGUGGCUGAAUAAAGUCACCCCGCAAAAAGCACCCAUCCUGACCCACCACGAUGGCCCGGCGCUGGAGGCCCAUCCCUACUACGGCCGUGUGAAGGCAGAGCGGCAGGAAAGCGAGAAGACCCCAGCGGCCGGCCCGACCGAGCACCGCAGUGGGGAGGGCCGCACCGCCACUGCCACCACCGCCAUCGGGGACGGACCGCGGCCCAGGACCGCCAACAAAGCACCGGGCAGCAAAGGCAGCCGGCAAAAGUCACCCCCCGCAGCGGGGCACCGCCGGGAGCCCCGCUCAGCCGCAGCCGGCGAGAAGCGUCGGGCCCGGGGGCCAAGCAAAACGGCGCCCAAAUCCAAGGAGUUCAUCGAAACUGAGUCUUCGUCCUCAUCGUCCUCCUCCGACUCGGGCUCUGAGUCGGAGCGGGAGGCGUGCCCGCUGCCCAAGGUGCCGGUGGUGGCCGGGGCUGAGCCACGCACCAAGGACGCGGGGCCCGGCGCCGCCAGCAAACCUCACGGCGGUUGCAGUGCCUUUGGCUCCAUUAAUGCCAGGACUAGUAGUGAAAUAGCAAAGGAGCUGGAGGAACAAUUUUACACCCUGGUUCCUUUCGGUAGGAAUGAGCUCCUGUCUCCUCUGAAAGACAGUGAUGAGGUAAAGUCGCUGUGGGUCAACAUUGACUUGGCUCUUUUGUCCAGGAUUCCAGAGCGUUUGCCCGAAGAGCCACUGGCCAUGAGCGCCGCAGCAAACCAGGCGCCCAGCCUCCCGCAGGGUAGUAGUGCUGACCCCCCCGCAGAGAAGGGUUUACCGAAAUCUAGAAGGAAACGCAAGUGUGAGAAUGAGGAAGAGUGCAGAGACAUCAAGAAGACUCACUUAGAGCGAGAGAGUUCUUCACGUUUAGCUGCCUCUGCCCACAGCAUCACAACAGCAAAUCACUGCAAUAUGAAUGAAAACAGCUUGGCAAUACCAAUAAAUAAAAAUGAGAAAAUGCUUCGGUCACCCGUCUCUCCCCUCUCUGAUGCAUCAAAACACAAAUACUCCAACGAUGAUUUAACUCCCUCCAGCAGACCUAAUGGCAGCAGUCUAUUACCUUCCAUCUCCUCCAGCAAAAAACAUAAGGGUGAAAUCCAGUCGCAGCCACAUCCUGGAGACUUCAAUAAAGCAAUUCACAUCAAUUCAGAAAAUGUUCUUCUCUGCAAUAAGCCACAGUCCCAAACAGAGCCUUGGUCACCUCUGUCCAGCACACCCAGGGACUGCAGAAGGACAAAGCUUAUCUUUGAUGAUAUGCCACGCAAUGCAGAUUACUUUAUGCAGGAAGCUAAACGGAAGAAGCAUAAAGCAGAUGCAAUGGUGGAAAAGUUUGGAAAGGCACUGAAUUAUGCGGAAGCAGCGCUAUCGUUUAUUGAGUGUGGAAAUGCAAUGGAACAAGGCCCAAUGGAAUCUAAGUCCCCUUAUACAAUGUAUUCAGAAACAGUUGAGCUCAUCAGGUAUGCAGUGAGACUAAAAACCCACUCAGGCCCCAACGCCACGCCAGAAGACAAACAGCUGGCAGCACUAUGUUACCGCUGCCUGGCCCUUCUGUACUGGAGGAUGUUCCGACUCAAGAGAGACCAUGCGGUCAAGUAUUCGAAAGCGCUUAUUGAGUAUUUCAAGAAUUCAUCAAAAGCUGCCCAGAACCCAUCUCCUUGGGGUGCCAGUGGAAAGAGCACAGGAACUCCAUCACCCAUGUCCCCUAGCCCUUCUCCAGUCAGCUCUGUAGGAUCCCAGGGGAGCACAGGGGCCCCUUCCCCAUCUCCUAUCAUCAGCAUCCCGCAGCGCAUUCAUCAGAUGGCCGCCAACCACGUCAGCAUCACCAACAGCAUCCUGCACAGCUAUGACUACUGGGAGAUGGCUGACAACCUGGCCAAGGAAAACAGAGAUUUUUUUAAUGACUUGGAUGCAUUGAUGGGACCUAUCACCUUGCACAGCAGUAUGGAGCACUUAGUUCAGUACACUCAACAAGGACUUCACUGGGUGCGGAAUAGCGCCCACUUGUCAUAAUGACUGUGUGCCAUUCACAUGGACAGUAUACCUUUCAUGGAUAAUUCAGUUAUUCUGGACACUGUGCUACAGAAAUAGUCAACCACAGCAUUGAUCCAAACAAAGGUGAAUAUUACUUCAAUAUUGAGCGAAAUUUUUCUGAGCGUAGACACGUAUGUGUGCAUAUGUACAAUAUACAAUGAUGUCUCUUCAGAAUGAAUUGUUCCGUACCACUCUCCAAACAUUUUCAUGCAGUAGAAAUACUAGAAAGAACUGAUCUUAAUGCACAAAACAUACCCUUUCUAUUCUUGUGCUGAAAAACUCAGAAACCAAAAUCUCACGGGCUGAUUGAAUCAAGUGCAAUAAGCACAGAUCCCUAUUCAGGAAAGCUCUCAAUAGAUUCUUAACUUUAAGCUUGUACUGAAAUCCCGUUGACUUCAGCAGAGCUUAAGCACAUACACAAGGGCUUUCCUGAACUGGAAUGAAUGAGGGCAAAUCAUAGACAUGGAGAACUUUUACUGCGAGCACGGACGCAUCACGGAAGUUUCAAUAUUAACGUGCCAUCUCCCUGUUACUUCCCCACUGGGGCACACAGAGGAGUUGUGUAGUCUGCAU